AACAAAAAAUUCAAACGGAAAAUACAACGAUCGAUGCCGCUUUUGCGCCUUGCGGAAUUUAAUUCAUUUUUGUGCAAGAGAAAGAAGCGUUUAUGUGCUUUCUAUACGUAAAAUCUAAUAAAAUUGAAGUUAUUUGAAAGUUUUGUCUUAAAAAAAUAUAUAAAGUGAAACAUUUUGUUGAUAUCGAGUGAAAUCUUAUUAAAGGCAAAUAUUUGAAAAUAUUAAACCCAGUUGCCAAACGAAACAAGAUCUACAGGUUGCAGAACAUCUGCGCGCCAGCUGCAAAAACGCCAAAGUACAUUCGCCUAAUUUGCACUUCCAGAAAAAUCGCGUUAAAAGAAGUGUUGCAACUAUGAGUAAAGAUAUUUACUACUCGGACAAAUAUUAUGAUGAAAAAUUUGAAUACAGGCACGUUGUUCUGCCUAAGGAGCUUGUAAAAUUGGUGCCAAAAACCCAUUUGAUGUCUGAAGCAGAAUGGAGAUCUAUCGGGGUGCAACAGUCACGCGGUUGGAUACACUACAUGGUGCAUAAACCAGAACCGCAUAUUUUACUAUUUCGUCGACCAAUUCAACAAUAGAAGAGACAUGCAUUAACAAAAAAUAUUGUUACAAAACAGGACCAUUUACCACCUCUACAUUAUAUAUGCUAUUGUUAAGAUCUCCGGCGUAAUACAUUGCCAUAAAAUUUAUGAAAACUAAUCAAAAACAUCUUUCCAACUAUUUGCGUAUGCUAUUUCUAUGAAAUAAAUGUGAAACUAAACGCAUAAAUAUAGUAACAAAUUAACAGUUCCAAUACUAAAAUGAAAAAUUUCCAUUGUAUAAAAAACAGAAAGAAUUGCCACAAAUUUGUAUAUAUAUAUAUAAAUAAAAUGCUACGGUGCAUGUUGGCCUUGGAUUUGAUGCUUUUUAAAUAGCAUCAAUAAAUUUA